AUUAGCUCUCUGCUAGCUGGUCUUGCUUCCUUACGACUAAAGCCAACUAAAGCUGUCUCCUUUCCUUAGUGCUUUAAGGCAGUUGUUUAAGUCUCGUUGCACAUCUAUGCUAUCAGCUUUAUAGAAUUCAGUUGAGAAGAGGAACUUGAAAGACAGCCUCUGAAUUGCAGACUAAAGAAAACACCAGUCAGCAAGACCCUGCAUUGGAGCAUCUCUGUGAGCCUGAGUGAGAUAAUCUACCUAAUUUGCAGAAGUUGAUUCAUCUUAAUCACACAAAGAAGGAACCUAGAAAUCUAUCUGGCACCUAAGGUAUUCCCUAAGGUGCUAAGAGCAUAUUAUUUUGCAAUUAUUACUAAUUUUUAGAAUAGGUAUUAUUUAGAUUAUUUAAGUUUUACUGUUAACCAAUCAAAUCAUAAGAUUAACAAAAUUAUCAGAUUACUAUGAAUCAGCUUAUUUUAUCACCUCAAACAUUAGGAAAUUUUAGGAAAAAGAAAAUAGAAGGCUUAACCCCUAUUCGACUACGUAGUGAUGAUGCAGUAAUAUGUAUUCGUGAAGGGCGCCAAUUGAUAGGCUACAAAUAUGUACCAUCAGCUGGCACCUGGCGUCAGUAUUGGAAUGAGGUUGCUUUUGAUCAAGAAGGGAACUAUCCCUUAGAUCAGUACCCAUGGCUAGUAGCUGAUAAUGUGAUUCCGAAUGAAAAUACAUUACUACUGCGUCAUCCAAAUGGCAUGCAAAUCUACCAAUUAGAUCAAGCUAAACCAGGACUAAAAUUAUUGAACGAAGAUAUAAAAUUUAAUGAAUUCUUCAGUGGAGACCUACUAUUGGGUCAUUUCUAUCCUGAUGCCAAAUACGCGGGAAUAAUGACACGCGAUGUUAAGAAAGAAAUCAAAUUUUACGCAACAACAAUGAUACCUAAAAAACCUCCAAUAUCUGCUCUAAAAAUUAACAUUCCCUCCUCCACGUGGAAGGCUGCUGAAACUGAAUUCUUUGUUACCAAAUUAACGAAUAAGGAUUCAGAAGUUAUUGGAUUACGUACUAAUGAGGGAUUGGAAUUUUAUCAAUUUAAUUCAGACUACGUGCUUCAGCAGGUAGCAAAAACUUCACUAAUGCCAAGAACUGCGCAAAGUGCGGAAGAUCAUUUAUUUUUUGCUAAUCUAACCAAUAAUAUAUAUCAAGAUAUUCUAUAUUUAAACGGAAGUGGGUUAUUUCUAUAUCAAUACAAUAAUGGGCAGAAAGAUUAUAAAUUUUUAAAUUUUAAUAAUGAAUUCACUGAACCAUAUGGUUGGUUACCCCAAUAUGGGAACUCUAUUAGAUUAACUGACCUUAAUGGUGACAAUCUAGAUGAUUUACUUUUUACUGGGCCACAGGGAAUAACAGCCCUAAGUUUUGAUACUACCAAUAACAAUUGGAAAUCUUUGCUAAAUUCUGAAGAAUUAUCAGGAGCACAGCGUUAUGCUAAUAUUGUUGGAACUUUACCCCCAAUUCCACCUACACUAUCGCAUCCAACGAUUUUUAUUCAAGAUUCAGAAGGAAACGUUCAAUGGGCUAAGGUAUUGCCAGCACCUAUCCCUACAACAACUAUAGCACCAAGAACUACACCCAGGACUACAACUAACCGUUCUCCAAUUGUAUCUACAAACACGUCUCCUAGCCCUAAUUACCAUCCUAAGCCCUUAGUCCCUGAACAAAUUCCCUGCGCAAAUCUUCCAGAUAAGCCUACAUUGCGCUUGGCUGAGCAAUGGGAUGAUAGCUUCCUUAAGCAGGUCGUGGAUCCAGCUAGUGGUCAAGUCCAAAUGUAUCUACCACUAAUAGACAUAUUCCCUGUAACUGGAUGGAGGCUACAACUAGGCCUUUCCUACAAUAGCCAAUCAUCAAAUUCUGACUUACUCGGUAUAGGAUGGGCAUUACCUCUGGCUCAGGAUUAUAUCACAAUUGACUACCAAGGUAGUAUUUAUCCUGAAGACGCACAUUACUACUUGGUUACUCAAGGGCGCCCUCAAAAACUGAAGCUCAUCGAAAAUAAAAACGGAGUGCAAAAUUUUAAAUUAGAAGAGCUAGAAAACACAGAUGAUGAAGUCGAAAUAACCAUUCAAUACAAUCCUUCAAAGCAAAGUUGGAUUAUUGAAGGUACAGCUGAACAAUCUACCUAUGGAAAAGCUAGUCAUAAUGCAGCACAAGAUGCCCUACAAUGGAGACUAGGUUGGCCUAAUUGGCAUGGCAUUGGUAGAGAAAAAUCAACCCUUCAACCAAUAAUAAGCUCGUGGUAUUUAAAUAUGCGUCUUGAUAAAAAUGACCAAAAAACACUUUUUUAUCAUUAUGAAAAAAAUACUACUACUAUUGAUGGUGGGAAAUCAUAUGAUGCUGCAUUACGACUAAAAACUAUCAAUGAUGGUCAAGGUAUGAGGAUUCUUUUUGAUUAUGCCCCAAAAAGGUGUACAGAACAUUCCCAACAUAAACCUGUUGAUAAAGAUGGCAACAUUAUCUUCCCUGUACCACUUGAUCAGUCUCACUACUUACAAGGAUACAGCAUUACUACCACGUCCUACAGUCAAGCUAUUAAGUUUUCCUAUCAAGUAAAUGAUGACAAAAGAUUGCUUACUUCAAUACAGCAGCAAAUACUAUCACAUACCGAACCGAUUUUGAAAUUUCGUUACCAAACUCUUUUGGAUAAAUACGUCCUGCACACCUGUACAUAUUUACCAAAAGGAUCAAGUGUGCAGUUAAACUAUCAAUCUCUUGCUCAGCCUGAACUAUCAAUUGUAAAUCGUUACCCAAUUCGGGAAAGAGCAAAGGUGGCUUAUGGAUCAGAUUAUGUUGUUAUAUCUUAUCAAGAUUUUAAUGAAAGAGCUGGCAAAAUUAUUUUGCGUAUUAUGAAUCGAGAGAUGACUGAAACAUUUAUAGAUUGCUCAGUUAGCGCAGAUUUAGCAUGUCCAUCUGCGGAAUCUGAAAUUAAGGAUUACGACAUAAAAACAUAUCAGAACUCCUUCAUAGUGCUAACUGAGAGUACUAAAAAACGGUCAAUUCAUAUAUUUAAUCGUCAUGGCAAAAAAUGGUCAGGUGAACGUAAAAUUUAUGGAUUUGGUAAAAAAGCUCUAAUACAGUUCAGUGAAAACUUAAUAGCUGCAGCAGAACCCAAUGAGAAGAAACUUAUGCUUUUUAGACGAAAACCUACUAAACAGUCCGAGUGGAAAAAGCAAACUUUCACCCUAUCUAAGCCCGUUACUGCACUUGCUCUACAUAAUCGAUUGAUAGCUAGUUAUGAUGAUAACCAAUUAUUUCUAUUUUAUUAUGAUGAUAAAUUAGGAUGGAAAUAUCAGUAUUUAGACUCAAAGGCUAGUGAUAUAAGCGCGGUUUUUGAUCUAUUUGAUUUAGACUUAGAAAUGAAGGAGCAAAUUGUAACAGCAUUAAAGAAAAAUAGUUUACAGAUUAUUAAUAAUUUUAUCUUAUUAAAUACCCUUCAGAAAAACGGAGGGCAGCUUUCAACUCUCUCCCACCUGUUUUUGCUUGAUUCCCAAUACAAAAUUGCAAAAAAACAAUCAUUUAGAAUAGAUCGAGAACGCAUUAAUGAUCUGACUUAUGAGCAUAAAGAUGAUGGGAGUGUUUACAAGAUUUCCUACGUCAAGGAAAAUGGGCGUUUUAGGGCUAAAAUUAAAAGUAUUUCCGGAAAAAUUAUUCAAGAUUUAAUUGAUUAUUAUAAAAUUUCAAAUAAAAAUAUUCAAGAAGAUUUUAGGGAUGGAAGUGAUUCAAGGGUACAAGAGCAAAUAAAACAACUUAAUCAAGGCGAAGGUUGGAAAAAGGCUCUAAGUAAAUCACUACUUAUUGAUUCAAAUUUAUACAUGGCUCAGAUUGGACAACAAGGAGUUUAUGUUGGUAGUGAUACUAUACUCCGUAUUACUGGCACCGAAUGGAAAAAGGAAUCACUACCCUCUGACCAAACAACACCUUUGGGUAAGCAUUUCAUCAUAGAUACAUGUGGUAAUGACAAAUCACUUGUUAAGCUAUUUAAACAGAAUACUAACGGACAAAAACAAGGUGGACCAAUUCAGGAACUAAAACUUCAUGCACCUGGUCAGUUAAUUAAUGAAUAUCCAGCCUAUAUUGCUUACCAUCAAACGCCGACUAUUGUUAAAGUGUUAACUUUCAAGGAUGAGCAGACUCUGGGCAAACUCUAUGCAUUUGAUGGUGAACAAUUACUUCCGGGAAGUGAUAUGCAGAAUUUAGUAACAGUGGCAAAUGCUUCAUCAACCACAAUGAUACACGCAGAAUCACAAGAAUGUCGAGUAAGAGCUGUUUCAACACUUCUUUCACCAAAAGUUCAGCCAUAUGUAAACCAAAUGAUAUUAUCUACAAAUGAAAUAAAGCGUGUAACAGCCUAUGAACAUUCAUUCAGUACAAACCAACGUACAUCAACCUAUAGUGAAAAGGUAACCAUAAUUCCAGGAGGUGCCAAAAACAUUUACGGUUGGCACGAAGCAACAAGAUCAUAUCAUCGUGGAAAUGUUACUACAACCGAACAUUGGUUUAAUGCCGAUGGUGGAGAAGUCUUAGGACCUCCCGAAGAAGAAUCCAAAGAAGAAGACCCUAAAAAACCAUCUACUUCCAAACUUAAUCCAAUGCUAUUAAUGGAUAAAAGUAGAAAAUGGGUAAUUAGUGAUUUCUCACCAUACAGCUUGGAAGACGAAAUGGUAGCCUAUUUUGGAUUUGAACCGUAUGAAAAUAAUCAGAUUGGUAUUCCUAUUAAAGGCUCCAAAACAAAAUCCUGGCGAACAGUUAAAGGAAAAAUUAUUAAAAGAAAUUUUCCCUUUACAGGCCAACAUUUCCUCCAACUUGAUAGAAAAUCCACAAAUCAACCAUCUUUUUUUGAAGGAAUAUUUCAACCAAACGAUCAAGAAACUACCUAUCUGGCUGCUUGUUGGAUACGCACCAGGACACCGAUUAUCUUAAAUACAGCAGUUCCUUAUUUAAAAGCUGUGAUACACACUACUAGUGGACAAAAGAUUAUUACCUUAAAAGCUCAAUCAAAGUAUCAAUUAGGCGAUUGGAAUUACCUGGAAUUACCUCUGGAUUUUCAAGUAUUAAAACAGAUCUAUCGAGACUAUAUUAAUUAUAGUACUUCCACGCCAGAAAACAAUGUUAGCUUCAAGAUUACUCUACGUGUUGAAGCUGCUGCUGGUGAAACUGUGGACCUAGAUCAUAUUCGUUUCGCACCUAUUACACAUGAUUUCAAAGCAGCCGUUUAUCAUCCAACAAUUGGUAAACCAACAGCGAUCAUCCAAGCCAAUGGUUUAGUAACAAGAACAAUUUAUAAUCAUUUACAGCGAGAAAUUGCUAGCACAGAUGAAGAAGGUCAAUUGCAGGAAUUUUCUUCAUCUAGCAGGACAGGUAAACUAGUACCUGCCCCACAAGGAAGUAUGAUUAAUUCGAAACCAAAUGUUCUAACAUUUGAGCCUGAAUAUGGAUCCUAUGAGACUUUUGAUGCUAAUUCUUGGCAUAGUCGAUGGAAAUUAAAUAAUCCAAAUGCUUGGCAAAUUGCUUCAGGUAAAUUGUGGCAUAAACAGCCUGUAAAACAUCAUAUUGAGGCAAGAGCAAAUUUAUUUGAUGGUUCAAAUGCUGCCAUUCGAUUCUACUUCAAUCUGCAAGAAGCACGAUCAUCUUUAUGGUUAAAUUGGCCAGGAACAGGCAGUAUAAAGUUGACACGACAAUCAGAUAAUUUUACUAGGCUAACUUUACCAAAUAAUCAUGGAAUCAGUGCACUGCCAUCGGCAGGUGAAAUAAUUGUUAUGCUUGAGCAGAAUUAUCUCUGGAUAUGGGUAGAUGCUGUAUUACUAGUAGAUCAAUCAUUAGCAAUUGAUAGAUCAUUGUCAAGUGCCUUAACUCCAUGGUCAUCCUUUUUGCUAGAAGCACAAGGAAAUGUCUUAGUUGAAGAUUGUUUAAUAAUGAAUCGCCCUCAAGUCACUGUAAAAUAUUUUAAUGAAUUUGGUGAGAAAACUCAGAUUAUUCAAUUGGAAGACGUUACAACAGUUCAGGUGAAAGAGAUGCUCUAUGAUGCAUUAGGACGUGAAGGUAUUACUACCAAAACAACACGCAUUAAACGCAAUGCAGGCCAAUCACUCUUAUCCUACAGACCAGAUUUUGUUAGCAAUGCAAAUCCCCAAAAUUCACAAUCUGUCUGGCAAAAGGGCAUGCUGCAAGGAGAGGUCAAUCAAUUAAAUCCUUCUGAUCAAGGAUUUGCCUACAAGCGUACUGAAUAUGCCCCUAAUCCAUUAAAUCAAGAAAAAAUCCUCGGAUUACCUGGUCCUGAAUAUUCCAUAACAGGACGAUGUGCCUCAAAAAUAAGUGAACAUUCAGACAUAGCUUUCCUUAAUAAUUUAUUCCCAUCAGAUGAAGGAUAUCGUCAAAAAGCCGAACAUACCGCAAAUGAUAGUUUGAGAAUUAAUGUUUUUGACAAAAAUAACAAUGAAGUGGCUAAAUAUGUUCGCGUACAGAGCUUCAAUCACCUCCUAAGUACCUAUGAGUAUGAUUCAGAAAAUCGUUUAGUAAAAAUCCUACCACCACUCUAUCAUGAGAAAGUAGAUAGUGCUCGAAGAACAAAACCUUGGCGAGCAGGAGAUGAUCAUCUUUCUGCCAAUGAAAAGCAAUGGCAAGAUGCUCUAGCAACGCGAUUUAUUUAUGAUAAAUACGGUCAUUUAAUACGCAAAAUUACACCUGAUAGUGGAACCACGGAGUACCUCUAUAAUUCCUCAGGUCAAAUGCGUUUUAUGAUUUCCACAAAUACCGCCAAUCAAACGCAGAAAAUAAUUUACUAUACCUACGAUGAAAAUGAUCAGUUAAUCAGUACCGGACAUAUUAAUGGAUCAAUGUCUCUUACAACAUUAAAUCAACAUUUGGACAGUGCAUUUGUACCCUAUGCUGAAAACUACCAAAAAUUUGACUAUGCUGAUGAUCAUUUUGACCCUCUAUUGCGGGGGCGUGUUCAACAGUACAUCACGCAAAAUGAUGGUGAAGUAGUUGUUGAAAAAUUACAUUUUGAUGCUCAGCAACAAGUUCUGUCUAAGAAAACUAUCCUAAACCAACUAGAACCUGAUCCAUUUGCCAACAUUGAAAAACAAUAUGUAAAUGAUAAAUUGCAUAAUUUGAUAUAUCCAAUAAAUGUUGAUAAUCAACCGUUGAAUUUAGUGCAUAGCUACAACAGACUUGGCCAGUUAGUUGGGCUAGGUACGCAUAGUGAUCCAACGCAUUAUGCCAGUUUUACCUACCAUGCUACUGGCCAACUGGCUAGUGAGCAAUAUCAACCUAAUACACGCGGCACCUUUACCCGUAACUACAAUUACAAUUCACCUGGAUUCCUAGAGCAGAUAUCAGAUCCUUUCCUUACCGAAAGUAUUGCCUACACAGAAAAAGGCUACGGUCAAGUUGGAUUUGGCGAUGGGAUGGUUAUGCAAGCUACUUUCAAUGCUAGUUGGCCAGUAAAUGCUGACGGUAGAUGGUUUGAAGUACAAGAAAAUGCUUUGGGAGGAAAUUUCUCAGCAUUAUGUAUUAAAGCUCUAAAGCGUACUGGCUAUCUCACCGACAGUGGUCAACCUAUUAAAUUGUACAACCGUGAUGCUGAACAAACCCUACCUUUGAAAUGUGGCGGGGAAACUGCUCGCCUAAUGGCCAAACUUGUAGCUCAAAAGAAAAAGCCAAUUUACUACGGUCAUCGCUAUGCUUAUGGUUAUCAUCAGGAAUUAGUUAAAGCCAAAUAUUUUACUGAUGAUACUGAAAACUUAUCGAAUCCCUUGCAACCAGAUUCAUUCUCUAAAGAAAUUUCUGGUUUAACGAAAGAACAUUCGCAACAUAUUUGGGAUUUACUAUCAGAUGCAGGAUACAUCAUUACUGAUCAACAACGUGAAGACAAAAUGACCGCAGUUGGGAAACGCGGUGAUUCUAUAUUUCGGAAUAAUGAACUAUACGAUGAUCUUCAAGCUCUUAAUGAUAAAUAUACGCUCUAUGAUGAACCAAUUGAACGAUUAAUUAUAUCUGCAAUUAGUCAGCAAAAACCUUUAGCUAAAGAUGAUUUUGUAGCAACAUUUUUGCAUUGGCAAGAACUCGAUCAAUCUUCAUCUAAGCUUAUUUACAAUUGGCAACUAGAAAUAGCAAAUCAAAUUGGUGAUAUGCUUCUCACAAAAGGUUAUCUGCCAACGAAUCGAAAUAGUUUUACACGCCCUCUAAACCCCAAAUUCACCAGCAUUUUACAUAACUAUGCUGCAUUCAUACCCAGCAUUGUAAAAACUCUCUCAAAACAUUUUAAUUAUGAAUUGGGAAAAACAGCAUUUGAUGUACAAACUUAUGAUAUUGAUGCUAAUGGUAAUCAUCGUCUUUUCUACACUGGUUUCGAUCGCUUUGAGCUUGCCUAUCGCACUGCUACUAAUCAGAUUGAGAAAGUUUUAAAGGGAUGGACUCCAGAAUUGAAUACAGACAAUGUUUUCCCCAUGAAACAUGAUGGAGAUGGGAAUGUGGUUCAAGCUCUUCAUAAAAACAUUAAACAAAUUGACUACCAUCCAGUAUCACAACGCACUACACGCAUUAAGCUAACAGAUGAUAGGACUUUACGCUUUUACUACGACGCCCAUGGUGAGAGAGUCUUGAAGCGAGUAUUCAAUCCCGAUGGCAGUGUUAGUCAUGAGACUCACUACCUUCGCGAUGAAAAGGGAAGAGUUCUUAUGGACAGACAAACUAAAUAUCUAAAUGGUUCAAUGCAAAAAAUUGUUACAGCCUACCUCUAUGGCCCAAGAGGCCUUUUGGGAUUUAUUCGGAAUAAUAAUUUUUACAGUGUAACAACUGAUCAUUCGGGUUCAGUACGAUUAGUUAUUAAAGAUGGUAAAGUUGUUGCAGCUUAUGAUUAUCUCCCAUAUGGUGGACUUAUGCGCUCCUUUGGUAAUGAUCCACAAGCACAUAUUGUAUACCGCUAUACAGGUCAAGAAUGGGAUGAAGAAACAGAUCUAUAUAACUAUCAUGCUAGACUCUAUGAUCCCAGCAUUGGUCGCUUUUACCAAAUUGACCCGAAAGCUCAAUACUUCAGCCCAUAUAUUUAUGCUGGAAAUUCACCUAUUUCUGUCGUUGAUCCCGAUGGAGAAUUUGCUUUCCUAUUAACUUGUCUUGUGCUAGGUCUUAUUGGGGCUUAUCUAGGCGGAGCAGCUGCUAAUAAUCGUUGGAAUCCUGUAGAUUGGGACUACAAGGAUCCUAACACUUGGAUAGGUAUAGUAGGGGGUGGAAUUGCUGGUGGUCUAGCACCACUAGGAGCUGUAGCUUCAGUUCAGGCAAUUGGAGCCUUAGUUGGGGGGAGUCUUAUUGCUGGGACAGUCGGUACUAUUGGACUUGGACUUGGGGGUGCUUACUUAACAACAGCUGCUAGCCAAGGGUGGGAUCCGUCUAAAUGGAAGUGGGAUCGUCCAGGUACAUGGAGUAGUCUAUUUCAAGGAUUCAGCAGUGGUGCAGGAAUAGCUGGUGGCAUAGGAGUAACGCAUAGCUUUGCAAAUGGUGGUAAAGCAAUAAUGUAUCUUGGUAAUUUAAAAGCACUAAAUACCAUUGGUAUCAGUCAACGUGCUGUCAAGGGGAUUUUCCUAGCUGUUAGUUAUACAACUGCAGGUAGUGUAGCAUAUAUUCGCGCGGGGGCAGUUAAUGGGGGUAAUUUUGCUUUUUGGGAAUGGGAUUGGACUAAUGCAGCAACAUGGGCUGGUUUAGUUGAUGGCUUUGAUACGGGAAUGGGAUGGCCACAGAAUAUUAUGGAAAUGGGACGUGGUGCUGCAACAUUACUAAAGAAUCCCAAAAGAUUCCUCUUUUCAGGACAAAAUGAUUUAAAAUUGACAUCAAUUCUUAAGGAUCCGAAGCAUCCUCUCUAUAAAGCAACAACUAGUGUUGUUAUGGCAUUCUACAUGGGUAGUGCAGCCAAUGGGGAUUUUGAUAUUACUAACUGGAACUUAGGUGACUUUUCCACCUAUGAAGGAGUGCUAAAUGGGGUAUUCUUUGGUAAAGAUAUAACCAAGACAUUAAAAUAUAUUCGUGAUUCUAAAAUUAAACAACCUUCAAAUGCAUUGGUACCUACUACCAAAACUAAAGGAAAUUCUUGGUCUAGAAAUGUGAACAAUAUGCUGGAUUUUAUCCAGGUAUCUCGUAUAGGUGGAAAGUAUCAGCAUUUGGUGGAACAGGCAUUUACUAUAAGUGCCCUCUGGUUAGCUAAGUUAGGUGAUCAAUCGUCUUCUAUAAGGAAACAAGCUGAAAACUUCUUCAAAGGAGGUGUGAAAAAAUGGAAAAGUGGACAAGACCGUCCUCCAAGAGAAUUACAACGACUUAUAUUGGCUGAAGCCAUACGGAGAGUCCAAGACAAUGGCGAAAUGACAAAUUGGAAGGCUGAGAAUGAAGAAAUACUGAGAAGGAAACAAGAGGUGUUCCCUGAGGAAGAAGACAUGGCGUUCCUCAAUUGCAAAGGUGGAAAACGUUUAAAGCGUUCGACACAAGGCUCAGGAGGUUCUUGCUCACCUAUGUCGUUAGAUUUGAAUAAUAACGAAUUGGCUCAACAUACUAAACGAGAGUUAAUUCAGCAAUUUUUCGAUAGUACGGAUUAUGGACUACCACAGAGGAGUGGAUACAUUAACAUUGAAAGCAGUCUCCCUAAAUCCGUAAAUGUUCCUGGAGACGGUAAUUGCUUAUUCUGGGCUACAGCCUUGGGUUACUUAACACCUGUUAAGGAUAAUCGUGAAGUAUUUAAGCAGAGAUUUAUAAAAUUAUUCGAUACAAAUGAAAAUAUCGAUGCAGUUUAUAAAUGGAUUCAAGCCUAUAAUCCUUUUGGAGAAAUGAAUACAAACCCUAUUCUGCAGGAUCUUAUUACCAAUAAUUUACGCAAUAAGGUGGUUGAUUACAUGAUGAAUCAUAGAGGUGACUAUGAACCGUACAUCGCAGGAGAAUUCAAUGCGUACAUGGAUAAUAUGAAAAGACCAAAUACAUGGGGAGGUGAGCAUGAAAUAUCUGCAAUGAGUGAGAUGUUGGAUGCAUCAAUUAAGGUACAUAGUGAUUCUGUUUCCAAAUAUGGCGAAAGUAGUAAUGUUAUAGAACUAUUUCAUGAGCCCUUAAUUGAAGGAGGUAGUACCAAAAAUCACUACAAUUUUGGAAUCUUAAUGGAUACAACGGAUAUACUGCACGGUCAGACCUAUUACUUUGAUCCAGGUCAGCCUGUAGGUUUUGCCCAGCAUCUUAGCUUAAUCCUGAGCAAAACUCCAAAUGUUCUUGCGCCAACUAAAUCAGUGUUUUAUCCUAAUCUUAUCCUAGGAUCAAUUCUAACACUACCUUCCAAUGUCAAGAAGAAGACUGUUUAUGCUAAACUCGAAGAUGUUGAUGUUGCAAUGCACAACUCCGGUGGAGAAUACGGCAAUAUCCGACCUAAUGCUCAAAUCUUGAAAAUUUACUUCAAGGAUGGAAACAAUAUAAUCCUUAAAACAUUCGUUUUUGAACCCAAAUCAUACAAAACUAUUGUAGAUGGAAAAGAAAAGAUUGAACAAAUACCAAGUGGAGCAUAUGAAAAUAUCAAGAAGCAACUUGAUCUUAAGAGUAGGUACAGUGAGGCUGAAUUGAAUGCAAUUCUAGCUAAUCCGGAAUUUAGGAAAUCCGACGUCAAUAAGGUUCAUAUUAAGGAAAACAUCUAUUACAUCAGCAGAGAUCGUCAGUUAUCUGUCUCAGAGAGAGAUUCUGCAAAUAGAAUGGUAUACAGAACCAGAGUGUUGGAUGAAUUUGAAGAUUUUACGCAGGAGUUAAGUAACAAACGCUCUGGAACGAGCAGGAAGGGCACAAAUCAACUUAAGAGCUACUUAAUAAGUUUAGGUUUAGAUGAAAUGGCAAAAAAUGCAAAUGAUGCAGAAUCGAGAUUAUCUGAUGCAGAUUUACGUGCUCUAAGGGACAAAAUGACAAAUACCCUCUCAAAACGUGACUUUAAACUUAUAGAACCCGCAAUUGAUAGGAUAGAUUUAGAAGACGUAGGUGAGUUGCUAAAUAAAAUUUCUAGCAAUAAAAUUGCUGACGUUGAAGCCGGAAUCAAAGAAUUCUCUGAAGAACUACUAAAAAUCUACAAUGAUAAUGCCAAAACAUUUGGUUUUGAUUUAGAUUCAGAAUCGGGCUUUCAUGGAUUUUUCUACGGUGCCCUAUCCCUUAACUUUAAAUACCGCUAUAACUUGGAUAUAUACGUAGAACGAAUCGCCGGAAGGGGCUAUUCAGAUUUAAUUCUUCUUUCACGUGAUGGCCCAGAAGGGACUAAAAAUUGGCGCACAAUUCCAAUUGUGGUAGAACUCAAAGCUGAUACAACUUCUGCUGAUCAUGCAACUGAUCAAACAACUGGAACUGGGUACCUGUACAAUCUUAGCAUGAGAACUGUAGCACAGAAAGCAAUUGUUCUUGGAAUUAAUUCCAAACUUGGCUUACCUGCAAAUCCCACUGCAGAAAAUAUUAAUAGUGCAAUUAAGAAGGCAAUUACGAUAAAACAAGAAGAUAUACCACAAUCAGAAGGAUUUAUUCGAAAAUUAAAAGACGAUAUUAACGGAAAUAUCAACUAUCGAGACGUUGAAAAUAACAUUGCUGAAGAAUUUAAGCAUAUUUAUUACUCAAUUUCACCCCUUGCAAUUAAAACUAAAGACAAACACAACGAUCAGUACCUUAGCCGUAUGAUUUUAGGUGAAAUAACAUCGGAGAAGGGGAGAGAUGUUUACGUUCAAAGUGAUAAUGAUUUAAGUACAUUUGUUUUCAAAGAAGGAAAUAAAUGGGUUAUGAUAAAUCUCAUUGAGAGUAGUGAAAAGGUGAAUGAUAAAACGUAUAAAUUCAAAAAUGUUAAUAUUGAUGGUAAAGUUAAGUUGCCUGUACUAACUGAUGGACAAAUUACUAAUUUCAUUAGAAUAGACGUAGCAAUAAAUUCAAAGUCUAAACACGGUUGGUCACCUAGUGCCCAAAAACGAGCAACUUUCCACAAUAGCAAUACAAAUGAUUUCUACUUCCAAGCUAUAUCCGUAAAAGAUGGUGAUGCCAAUUUACAGAGAACCGAAUUUAGAAAACUAAAUUCUCUAGAUACGGACAAAUUCUUUUCUUCCCCAAAAGUCAUGAUGGAUGACCUAUCGGCAAAUUUAAUUGCCAUCAAAGACACUAUUAAUAGUGAAAGUGAUUUUCAAGCUGUACUACAGGGCCUAUUUUAUGGCCUUGCCAAGAAGGUUGAACGUGAAAGGAAAGGAAUGAUCCUUAGGGUAUUCCCGGAAGCAAAUCUCUCCAAAGAGGGUAGGAGUGAUCUCAUAAUCUCAGUCUUAGAAGAGGUACCUGGAGGACAAAUACGCGAAGAGAGUAUUACGGUGAUGGAACUCAAGUACUCCCACGGACAGGGUACAAAUGACUUGAAGGAUGCAAAUGAGCAAGUCAAGAAAUAUGCAACUAAUUUAAAAUCAGUUACUGACCUCUACACGUUCACACCUAUUGCAGCAGUUUUCUGCAAAAACUGUCAAGGGGGUACAAUUAAAUUUGAAGUACACAAACCCCAAACAAUUCAUCAUACUUCAGCAAGAAUGGGUCCAAUUGGGGUUAAUAUGAAUAAAAUUUCUAGUUUCAAAUUGGAAGAAAGUCAACUUUUAGAAGAAAUAAAUUCCCAAGCGCAAUUCCUAAGUCUAGAACACAAGCGCACAGGUUCUGAUAUCUCUGAUAGAUCUGACGGUAAUCCCGCAGAUAUGAAGAAGCCUAAGAUGGAGGACAGAAAAAAGAGAUCAAUUGAAAAGGAACCAAAUAAUUUGGGUACUGUGUCUUCAGGAAGUAGCAAAUUGCACUUCUGGCCUGUAAACUUGGUCAAGAAAACAGGAGCAGCCUUUGCAUCCAUCUUAGGUGCUUUCUGGCUACCAUUAGAUUCAACAUACCAAGAAGAUAAUAAGCCUUACCCACAAUUAGAAUCAUUCAAUGAACCCCAAAAGCCUCACGAAAGUUCGUCAACAGGUCCUACUCUACUAGACUUGGGUGAUCAAUGGUUAAAUAGCAACAAUGUUGAUGGGCUUCUCACCUGGGGCACAUUGUUGGCAAGAAAAAUUACAGGAUAUCGUCCUAAAACAACCGAAACAUCGUCUUUUGAUCCAGCAAUAGGUAUACAAUUGAACAUAAGAUCACACGAAUUAGUCAAUAUAUUCAUGGAAAGAGUUCUAGAACAUGCUGAGGCUUUUGGAGUAGAUGUAUCUGUUAUCCUUGAAAACACUAAAUUAUAUACAAAUUCCAUAGAAACAGUUUGUAGAAAACUAGGAAAAGAAGAACUAGAUAUCAUCAUAGAUUACUUAUUUGAUCAAAUAGUUCAGAAAAAUAUCAAGAAAAUCACAUUAAAAUCCUCAAAAGAUCAAGCAGAUCAAUUCUUAGUUAGUUUAAGAAAAGGUCUUCCGCAAAUUAAGCAGCAGUUCUUACAAGCUGAAGAAGUUGAAGAGCAGCAUCAGGCAAAUCUAGGAUCUAAUACUGAUCAUUUGAAACAAUCUAUGUACAAUAACCGAUCAGUAGAUCCCGUCUCUCAUAUUUAUUUGCAUUUGGAGAAUAUUUGCAACAAAAGCUACGAUUUCGGAGUAAAAAAAUUAAUAUAAAUAGCUGAACAUUGGACUUAUGUCAUCAUGUAAUAUGUAUCAAUAUUUUGAAAAUAAUAAUUCAUUUGUAAAAAAAUUAUUAAGAUAUAUUAAGUAUGUACUUUUAAAAUUAGUCUGUAAAAAAAUAUAUGUAAUUCACCACUUAUUCACAUAAAAUAAGAAAAUUGAAUUUGUAAUAAAAUUAUGUGAUGAAUUAGGAAUGAAAUAAAGAGCUUAUUAUUAUUA